CAUAUGUUGGGCCUUGUUUAAAUUUUGAGUGAGAAAAAAGGCCUAGAAAAUUAACUGGCAACAAAGAAAAUAAAGCCCAAAAAGGAAGAAACUGCAACUGAGUAUAAAACAUAGAAUUAGGUUACAGCAAUAUAAGAGUGAAGAAAAACCCUAAUUAUAUUGAACGGCCUCCAUCUUCUUCAUACGCAUUUUUCGUUUGGAGCGUCGGAGCGAAUUUGAGAGGUGAGAAAAUCAAUAAUGGAGGGUCAAGCUCAACAAAUUGCAAGAACUGUCAAGGAUGUUGCUCCUCAUGAUUUCGUCAAGGCAUACGCCGCUCACCUUAAGCGAUCCGGAAAGGUUGAGCUUCCCCCUUGGACUGACAUUGUUAAGACUGGAGUGUUGAAGGAACUUGCUCCAUAUGACCCUGAUUGGUACUACAUUAGGGCAGCUUCAAUAGCAAGGAAGAUCUACCUGAGAGGUGGACUUGGUGUUGGUGCUUUCCGUAGAAUUUACGGUGGUAGUAAGAGGAAUGGAAGUCGCCCACGCCACUUUGGCAAGAGCAGUGGUGCUGUUGCACGCCACAUCCUUCAGCAGCUAGAACAAAUGAAAAUCGUUGAGAUUGAUCCAAGAGGAGGAAGGAAAAUCACAUCUAGUGGGCAGAGGGAUCUUGACCAAGUUGCUGGACACAUUGUUGCAUGAAAAAAUGUAUUAUUAGAAGUUUUGAGGAUUAUUCAAGAAUAUUAUGUUUAAUUUAGAGUUUUUAUUCUACUUUAUUGAGAACAUGUGAUGGACAAAGUAUGUGUUCAAGUUAAACAAUUUUGUUUUUCUGAUGGA